UAUACUGUUUAUCUUUAAGCCAUACUCUUACACAGACUAACAUGCACUGUAGAGAUCAAAUCAGUCAUAAAGACUAUCAGAGAACAGUAGAUUGGCUUCUAUCUAAAACACAGCACAGACCUAAAGUGGCCAUCAUCUGUGGAUCUGGACUGGGCAUGCUGGCUGAUGCCCUCCAAUGCCAGCACUCCUUCAAGUACUCUGAGAUUCCUGGCUUCCCACAAAGCACAGUGCAGGGCCAUGUUGGGAGGCUGGUGUUUGGUGAACUCAAGGGGAAGUCCUGUAUUUGUAUGCAGGGACGAUUUCACAUGUAUGAGGGGUAUUCAGUGUAUAAGGUCACUUUCCCUGUGAGGGUGUUCAAGCUUUUGGGUGUGGAAACCCUGAUUGUCACGAAUGCUGCAGGGUCCAUAGCAGAAAGCUAUCACUGUGGUGACAUCAUGAUCAUUAGAGAUCACAUCAACUUCCCUGGACUUGCCGGUGUAAACCCACUUAAUGGCCCUAAUGACGAGAAGUUUGGACCUCGUUUCCCUUCUAUGUCUGGAGUUUAUGAUAAAGAUUUGCGAAAACUUGCCUUUGACAUCUGUAAGAGCAUGGGCGUCACUCACUUCGUCCGGGAAGGAGUCUACUGCAUGGUGGGUGGGCCCAACUUUGAAAGCAUAGCAGAAGCCAGGCUUCUGCAAAUGCUGGGUGUGGAUGCUGUAGGCAUGAGCACAGCCCCUGAAGUCCUCGUAGCCAGCCAUUGUGGCAUGCGUGUCUUUGGCCUCUCACUGAUCACCAAUAAAGUUGUAACGAGUCAUGAGGACUCAGAGAUCACUAAUCACGAAUCCAUACUGGAAGUGAGCAAAAUGCGAACAGAAAUGCUGCAGAAGCUCAUUACUGAGAUCAUUAUGCAUAUGGACAUUAAUAACAAUGAAGCAUGACCAUAGUUCCAGAGUGUUUUUCUUUUUCUUUCUUUCUUUUUUUUUUGGCAAAUCUAAAGGCAUUUUGACUAACAAAGCUUGCUUCAUUGUUAUUUUUUAAUAGAUAGCAUUCACUGCAAAUCUUGUACAAAUAUUACACUAGGUGGUGCUGUGAUAUCAGAAUUACAUCCCAUCCCAUGUUUAAUACAAUGUUUGUGGGUUUAGUAUAAGUGAUUAUUUUAAAAUAAAAUUGGCUAAACAUAUUUUAGAAAGUAUUUAAUAGACGAAGCCAUAAUCUUUAGUAAAAUAUGAGUGCUAUCCAUAAUAUU